AUGUAUUAUUGCAAUUCUACCUCCAUUCAUGGUGGUAGCGCCAACAGCCACAGCAGUAUCGCGCAUCGACAAAACGCCAGUCUUUGCCCUCGCAACAGCACAACGACGGCUAUUGAACUGGCUUUCACCUUGUGUCCCAAACUGCAGUUCCUGGCGUUUAAUACAAACCGUAACAUCCCCAUUUCAUCUAAAGCAAUGACGAAGCAUACUUCUUUACGCGCAUGUUUCUCAAUGGCAAAGAUUAGCCUGCGCUUACGUCUGUUCGGUCACUCACGUUUCGUUGUCGGUUGUGCAAUGCUAUCGCGCGUCGUGGGGAUACGCUCGAGUCCUUAUUCGCAAUUGCCCAAAGUUGGAAGAAGUCAUAUCAUCUUGACCUGCAGAAAAAUUGCUCAAGUUGUGCUUGAAGCCAUCAGCAAAGCAUUGAACCGGAAGCGUCCUGAUCUCGACUCUAUCGAGGCAGAAAUAACACAUAUACAACAUUCACACCUUCAUCAUCAGCAUCACCAACAGGAUACCGUAUGGAACCCUCUAUUCACUGUUGGAUAA